UCUCAUGUCCGAUGAACCCAGAGUCCCAAAGAUCAGACACGCCCGAAACGGAGACAGAAAUGGGAAAAACGUGUCGAGAAACGGAAGGUCGGGAAACUUCUGGCUGGCGCGGAAACUACGAGCGUUAAGCACAAAGAAGAGCAGCGUUCGUCGCCUGAAAGGAAAAAUCUUGCGGAGUCCGAGCACAGUGCGAAUUAGCGAUAGCUUCGGAUUGUGUUGCUCGGGUCUUGAUUGGUUGUUCAAGGUCUAGUUGGUAACCAAGUGUUUCUACACAGAUCAUCAAAAAUUGGAAAUUGCAUUCAGGUUCAGAACGAGAUGGGGUCUGAAGGGCCAAAGCCCGUCACAAUAAAUGUAACUGGAUUCAAGAAAUUUCAAGGUGUCCCCAAAAAUCCCACAGAGACUAUUGUUAAUAAUCUGAAAAGUUUUGUCGAGAAGAAAGGGCUACCACCUGGAGUGACUUUUGGGACCUGCACCGUACUAGAGGUUGCAGGUGAUGGUGCACUUCCCAUGCUUUUCAAAGUUCUGGAAUCUGGCUUCUCGAGUAAUGGUUCGACAUGCGAUGCGCAAGUUGUGUGGCUUCACUUGGGGGUAAAUAGCGGUGCUCAUAAGUUUGCCAUUGAGCGGCGGGCGGUUAACGAAGCCACUUUUUUUUGUCCGGACGAGCUAGGAUGGCAACCUCAGCAACUUCCGAUAGUUCCUGAAGAUGGCCAAACUUCUCGAACAAGACAGACUUCCUUCUCUACGGAAGCAAUCCUCAAGUUCUUGAAGAAGAAGGGCUAUGACGUGACUCGUUCGAACGACGCUGGCCUUUUCAUCUGCAACUACGUCUACUACCACUCUCUUCGGCUUGCAGAACGGAGGGGUAGCAGAUCUCUCUUUGUGCACGUUCCUCCCUUCUCAAGAAUCGAUGAAGAGACUCAGAUGAAUUUCGUAGCCUCCCUCUUGGAAGCCAUUGCAUCAUCAUGCUGACGUCCAGACAAAAUGUAUCCAGACUUCUUUUCGGUCUUGUUUUGCUUUUUCUUGUCUGUGAUCUGCUUGGGUAUGGGAAGCAAUUGCACGAACAAUCUUCUUGCAAGUUGUAAAAGAAUUCACGUUGUAUCCCACCAGUAUAAGGGACUUUUGUGAUUUUCAGCAACUCUUCUUACCAAGGCCGACAACUUCAGAUCAUCAUCUAGUGUUAUGAUGAGUUAGUGAGGAGGAGUUGGUCAGAAACACUUGGAAUGGGCAGGCCUAAUCUAUGUUUGCGUCAAAGUUGAAGUUUCUCAAGAAGAAUCGAUGUGGAGACAAUCGGGAUCGCAUCGAGAUUUGCUGAAGAUCUACUGUCCAAUUGGUUCAAUAAUCUAGGAUUUGGAAUUUAGAAUGGUUGUGUAAUUAUGUUUGAUCACUUGGCUAAUUUAAGAUACUCGAAAUGUUCUUGAUUUGCAAGUUUCUUCAGGAUUGCUUAAAUAUAGAUUAGACAUUUAAUA